UCAAAAAAAUGUUUCAGUCAGAGGGUACAUGUAAGAGUCUGACUUGGCAUGCUACUGACAGAAAACGCGAUGGCUUGAUGCGUCAUCCAGCUGAUGCAACUUCAUGGAAGUUAGUAGAUGAAAAAUGGCCAGAUUUUGGUUCUGACCCUAGAAACCUAAGACUUGCAUUAUCAUCAGACGGGUUCAAUCCCCAUAGUUCAUUAAGCAGCAAGUACAGCUGUUGGCCGGUUAUUCUGGUCGCAUAUAAUCUGCCUCCAUGGCUCAUAAUGAAGAGAAAACACAUGUUGUUAACUCUAUUGAUUUCUGGGCCUAAACAACCAGGAAAUGACAUUGAUGUCUACUUGGAACCUAUGAUAGAGGACUUGAAACUGCUGUGGGAAGGAGUUAGUGGUGUCUACGAUGCAAGACAAAGUGAAUACUUUACUCUUAGAGGUUUACUAUUCUGGACAAUCAACGAUUUUCCAGCUUAUGGUAACCUAUCUGGGAGUAUAGUUAAAGGGUAUAAUGCAUGCCCUAUUUGCCUUGAAAAUACAAAACCAACAAGACUAGUUAAUGGAGGGAAAAUGGCUUACAUCGGGCAUCGAAGGUUUUUAGGAAGAAACCAUCCUUAUAGAAGGCAAAAGGCUGCUUUCAACAACCUUCCAGAACAUUCUCCCCCUCCUGUUCCUUUGAGUGGGGAAGAAGUACUGCACAGGGUGGAGCAGGAAGUUCCAAAGUACCGUUUUGGGAAAAAAAAUCAGCCCCCUCCUUACAAGGGUGGGGACGAUGAAACCAGGCCUUGCUGGAAAAAAAAGUCUAUUUUUUUUGAACUUGAAUACUGGAAGUUUCUCCCUGUUCGGCAUUGCCUUGAUGUGAUGCAUAUAGAGAAAAAUGUAUGUGAUAGUCUCAUAGGUACCUUGCUCAAUAUUCCUGGAAAAACAAAGGAUGGAGUGAAAACUCGGUUGGAUCUAGUGGAGAUGGGUAUUAGAUUAGGAUUAAGGCCUGAUCUUGAAGGUCCGAAAAAGGAGCGCUUGCCAUUGGCAAGCUGGAACCUAAAGACAAAUGAAAAAAGAUGCAUGUGUGGGUCUUUUUUUGGCAUGAAGGUUCCUGAAGACUAUUCUUCUAACAUAUCAAACCUGGUUUCCAUGGAUGAUUUAAGGCUUAGUGGACUUAAAUCCCAUGAUUGUCAUGCCUUAAUGCAACAACUCCUCCCUGUUGCCAUACGAGGUGUGCUUGAAAAGCCGGUCAGAAUUGCCGUGAUCAGGUUAUGCCUGUUUUUUAAUGAAAUCUGCAGCAAGACUAUUGAUGUGUCAAGGCUGCCGAAUAUCCAAAGUGAACUUGUUGAAACAUUGUGUGAGCUGGAAAAGUACUUUCCCCCAUCAUUUUUUGACAUAAUGGUUCAUCUAACAGUUCACCUAGUUAGAGAGGUGGAGUUAUGUGGACCAGUUUGCUUUCGAUGGAUGUAUCCAUUUGAGAGGUACAUGAAGAUUUGCAAAGGAUAUGUUCGAAAUAGAAAUCGGCCAGAAGGUUGCAUUGCUGAGUGUUAUAUUGCUGAAGAGGCGGUUGAGUUUUUAGCAGAGCUUUUCAUUGAUGACAAGACUGUUGGGAUUCCAUCUGACCCUCACAUAGAGGACAAGCCUACCUCAGGUGCUACAGUUAUUAGUGUUUACGGCAAGUUAUUUGACCAAGCUCAUCUUUGCGCGCUUCAAAACACGGAUGAAUUCAGAAGCUAUUUUGUUGAACACCUACAAUACUUGAAGAGGGAGUUUCCAAGAUUCAAAAAGAAUAAAAAGUGGCUUACAGACAAGCAAAACAAGACAUUUGCAGAUUGGUUGAAGGAGAGGGUUGUUGUUCAACUAAGUGAACCAGAUUCUCACGUUCCAGAGAUUAUCAGAUGGCUUUCAGAUAAACCGAGCAAUGAAGUACCAACAUUCAGUGGGUAUAGAAUUGCUGGAGUUCAGUAUAACACAAAGAAGCGUGAUGAUGUUAGAUCAACGCAAAACAGUGGUGUCUACUUACUUGCUAAGACACCGCAAGUAGCUACUGCUAGGGAUAAAAUGCUAGUUAUUGAUGACAUGAGCUUCUAUGGGGUGAUUACUGAAAUAUGGGAGCUUGAUUAUGAAAAGUUUAGGAUCCCUAUCUUUAAGUGUGAUUGGGUAGAGAAUAAAAGGGGUGUGAAGGUAGAUGAGCUGGGGUUCACAUUGCCAAUCUUUUAUGUUCAAGACCCUGUAGAUCCAAUGUGGUCAGUAGUGCUAAGAAUUUCUAGUAGGGAUUACAGUGAUUUUGAGGUUGAAGAUGAGCUUGGGGACACUAUUGUUGCUCACCAUCCUAUCACCACCAUGAUGCCAUCUAUUGAAUUACCUGGUAACUUAGCAAAUGAGGAAGAAGUGGGUUACAUGCGGGAAGGGGAGGAGGAUAUAGUUGUUGAUGGAUAA